AUGCUGCACUCCUGGAAGUUGGUGGGAUCCCCAGUGGCUCAGUCGGACUCCAAAGAGCUACAGAAUCUGAUGGAAGGUGGUUGUGGAUUCCACUUCCCUGCACUUCUGGUGCACAGCUUUCCUGAAGGCAGUAUCAGGGAAACCUUACUGGAAGAGGGCAAUAUUCAAUACAAGCUGGAAGAGAAGAAUUUGAAACAAGGUCCCCAGACAGACAGAGAGGAGAAGGUUGUUUUAUGUGCUGGGUGUGGUGCACAAAUCUGUGACCGGUACUUCUUGUUUGUGGCUGACAAACAAUGGCAUUCACGUUGUCUCAAGUGUUGUGUCUGUCUAUUACCACUGGAAUCAGAACUGACCUGCUUUUCAAAAGAAGGCAACAUCUACUGCAAGAGUGAUUACUACAGGCGGUUUUCAGUAAAAAGUUGUGACAGAUGUCAUCUGGGCAUUCUGGCUUCAGAAAUGGUGAUGAGAGCACGAGAUGCAGUCUUUCACCUUGGCUGUUUCACUUGUAGAAGCUGUGACAGACCCCUGCUGACAGGUGAUCUCUUUGGGAUGCGUGAAGGACAAAUCUACUGUCACGUUCACUAUGAGUCUGAGCAGUCACUAGUGACAACAACGACAACAUCACUGCCAUCGCCUCCAGUGAUACUUUGGGAUGAGGGACUAAAGGUGGAGGAAAGACUGUCUCAUAGAAUUCAAAGCCUUGAGCAAGCACCACCCAAACCCAGAUCUAGAAGGAGGAGGAGCCAUGUACACCAUACAGAGAGCAAUGUUGUUCCUGCAGGAUCAGUAAUGAGUGGCAUUUCUGCACUGCAUGAGCAGUCGCGACAUGGCUGUCCACAGCAGAGGACCAAACGGAUUCGAACAUGCUUCAAGAACCACCAACUACGCACCAUGGAGUCCUAUUUUGCUGUCAAACACAAUCCAGAUGGGAAGGACUGGGAGCAGCUAUCAAAGAAAACCGGCUUACCUAAGCGUGUACUGCAGGUUUGGUUUCAGAAUGCUCGGGCCAAGCUGAGAAAAUCGCUUUCCCAAGAAGAGAACACAGAUACAGACAGUGUUCCUGAAACCACAUCAGAGCAGCUGCAGUCUCCACAGACAGAACAGUCAGCCGACACAUUUGCCUCGACCUUGCAAACCUCAAGUCCACUUUUCACACUGCCUGACUUUUCAAGUCCCUUCUGUACACCACAAAGGUCAACGCUGGUACCCAUGAUGCCUAUCUUCCUGAACAUUGAUCCUGCAGAACCUUUAAAGGUGGUCAACCCAAGCCCACAGGGUGGAUUUUUUUGAAAAUGUAUGUGUAUGUCAAGGAGAAACAACUGCUAUUAACUUGGGGGAAGUUUACCCUGUUUGUUUGCACUAAAGCAUAAACUGAAGCAGUGACAGAGAAAUGAAAUGAUAAAUCACUUUUGUACCGUAUGUUUUAACAAAAAAUAUAACGAGUCACACUUUAAUGCUGUAGAACAGUUUAUUCCAGUUUCAUGAAACAUAAAUGCAUUCCAGAUUUAAAUGAGCAACUUUGGCUCAUAAAUUAACAAAUAAAAAAAAAAUCCAAGACUUCACAUGUACAGUGCAUUGUACUUUUAAUGUUCACUUAUCCUUUCAAUGGUUUGUUAGGCUUAUUGAUUGUUUCAAAAUUGAUAUGCAACAUAUUUAAAUGUCCUUAACUAACCUCAAGGUGCCUUGGUUUAAACAGCAUCGGUAUUGAGGCCACUGGAUAGCCAAAUAGUUUUUGACAUGCAUUUUGACGUGUUCUGUGUGAGAUUAAAUGUGCAGUAGACCAGUAAAAGUGAAACUAAUUAGAAGAAAAUAACACACUCUUCCUUUUGUUAGAAGAAUGACGGAAAUGUAAUUUUAGACAGUUUGGUGUGUACACAGCUUGCAUUGUUAUUUAUUUAUUUUAAAGGCUAUGUGUAUAACAUGUCCUCUUAGUCAUCGCACUUCCUUUAAUGACAAUCCAUUGUUUUACUGCAGAGAUUAUUGUAAUGCCGAAAAAACAAGCAAGUAAUAUUGGAUUCAGCAUAAAACAAACUGCACUGAAGUAAAAAUUAUAAGUAAUGCUCCAUCUAUUUCUUGCAUUGUGCAAAAUGUUACUACAUGGGUCAGAUGUGCAUAGAGACAGACUCUGCCUCGU